GUGUGCUCGCCAUGCCGCUGAAAAUCUUGGGAGAGUUGGGGAGGGAAGAGGAGAGGAGUAGAGGGAGGAGAGAGGAGAGAGGAGAGAGGAGAGAGGAGAGAGGAUGAGCGGUAGGAUGCAGAUGAUGAUCUGGACGAUGAUAGAGCAGAGCAAGGGUUCGAGAUGGCAUUGAAAAGAGUGAACAAAGUUGAAUGUAGUCAAGGGGGUUCAGAACAGGCGUUGGACGACAGCAGCAAAAGUUGACCCGUUUGCUUUGCAGGCAUUCAAACAAUGGCCUUGCACAAUUUCACAAGACUGAUCAACGUGUUUGCUCCCGUCAUUCAUCGAUCGAUCGUCCGAACGCUAGCAAAUAGUCCGCUAUUCCAGAAGAUCGCAUGGGAUGGCACACAGAUGGUGAAGGGUGCGGCUACCAAGAGCGCAGAGGAGCUCAAGAAGUCGGCGCUCUAUCGCACUGCAGCGUACAGGAUGAUGGAACACACCACAAAGCUCAAGCACACAGAGGCGUAUCAGCAGAUUCAAUCAAGUCACGGCUUCCAAAGUUUCCAGAACUUCAUGCAGAACUUCAUCCAGGAGCUCAGGAGAAACCGGAUCCUCUAGAGAUGACUGCGCCUUCAACUGUCUUCCCUUGUACAUAAAGCCGAAUGAAAGAA